AUACCUUUCCGGGCUGGGCAGAGCCGGGGAGGCGCUCCGAGUGGCCCUGGCUGGCUGCGGUGGGUGUGUGCUUCUUUUUUCUAUAUAAGCACCUUCUGCUCAAUGCAUUUUUGACUGCACAUUCACUGACAGCAUGGCGAACAAAAAGGAGGCACCCCUGGGCUCCAUCGAGAACCCGAUAAAGUUCAAGGACCAGGACUUCAAGACUCUGCUGGAAGAGUGUCUGAAGUCCGGAGAGCUGUUCGAUGAUCCGACCUUUCCACCUGAGCAGAAGUCCAUCGGUAUGCCGGAAGAUCCGGAUCCAAAAAAGGCGAUCAAGUGGCAGCGACCCAAGGACAUCCAUGACAACGCUGUGUUUGUGGAGGGCACGACAGGGACCACUGACAUCUGCCAGGGCCAACUGGGUAACUGCUGGCUGCUGGCGUCCCUGUCCUGUCUCACCAUGCACCCCAAACUCUUUGAGAAGGUGGUGCCGCCCAACCAAAGCCUGUGCAAGCCUUACGCAGGGAUCUUUCAUUUUAGGUUCUGGCAGUAUGGUGAGUGGGUGGAGGUGGUUGUGGAUGACAGGCUGCCAGUACGCGAAGGCCGUCUGCUCUUCAGCUACUCUCACACCCGCCACGAGUAUUGGAGCGCCCUGGUGGAGAAGGCCUAUGCCAAGUUAAUAGGGAGCUACGGAAGCCUGAAGGGGGGCAACAUUUCAGAGGGGAUGGAGGAUUUCACAGGAGGCAUCGCAUACUCUCUGCAGGUCUCAUCUCGUACCCCUCGAGUCCUCUGGAGGUCUCUGACAGCCGCCUUGUCUCGGGGCAGCCUGCUCAGCUGCUUCAUAGAGGCCACCAACUACCUUGAGGUUGGUAAAGUGACAGAUAACGGACUUAUUAAGGGCCACGCUUAUGCCAUCACUGACACCGACAAGGUGACGAAAGCGUUGGAUGAGGUUUUGCUGCUGAGGCUGAGGAACCCCUGGGGUUUUAUUGAGUACCGCGGGCCGUGGAGUGACAAGGGGAAAGAGUGGGACGGCGUGGUCAAAGCAGAGAAGGAAAGGAUUGAGCUUAAAAAGAAAGAAGACGGAGAGUUCUGGAUCAGUGCUGAGGACUUCAGCAGCCUGUUUGACAUCGUGGAGCUCUGCAGUGUAAAUCCUGACACUCUUGUGGAGGGAAACGCACCUGACUCUACUUCCUCUCCUGCCUCUGCCUGGACCAUCAGUGAACACGAAGGAUUCUGGGUAUCGGGGAGCUCUGCUGGUGGCAGCCGCAGAUACACCCGAUCGUUCUGGAAGAAUCCUCAGUUCCAGCUGAUUCUCACAGAGCAGGACCAGGCAGAAGCUGAAGAUGAGGAUGAUGAGGAGGAUGAUGAAGAUGACGAGGAUAAUGAGGUGAUGACCCCGGAGGAGAAGAAGAGAGCAGAGAAACAGAAGCAGAAAGCCAAACAGUGCACCGUGCUGGUGGAGCUGCAGCAGAAAAACCGCAGAAAGAAGGAUAAAGUCCACUUCCUCUACAUAGCUUUCCACAUCUACAAGGUUCCUCCUGAGCUCCAGGGUGUGUGUCUGAGCCGCAGCUUCUUCAUGAGAAAUCGCCCUGUGGGUCGCUCUGGGAAAUAUCAGGCUCAGAGGGGUGUGUGGAGGAAGCUGCAUCUGGACCCGGGUAACUACAUCAUCGUGACGUCCACCUACCGACCCAACCAGCCUGGAGAGUUCUUCGUCCGCAUCUUCUCCAAGACUGGAAACACCCUAGGGACUCAGGACUUCACCUGCUCCUCUGGCUUCCUGCCGGUUAUGGCAACUCCUGUCUCCCCGGAUGAUCAAGUGAGAAUCCGGAGGACCUUUGAUGAGGAGGCUGGCUUGGAUGACAGGCUGAACGCCAAGGAGCUCAUGCAGCUGUUGAACAGAGUUCUUGACAAAGAUUACCAUCUGCCACUGGAGACAUGCAGACAGCUCAUCUUUGCAGAGGAUACUAAAGGGCGCUCCAGUCUCAGCCGUAAACAAACAGAAACCCUGCUGUCCAGUCUGCGCCAUCUGCAGUCCGUCUUUUUCCAGUUCGAUGAGGACUCUUCUGGGACCAUGAGCCCCUUUGAACUCAGUACAGCGCUGCAAGCUGUUGGGAUGCAGUGUGAUAAUAAGGUGGUUGAGCUGCUGUCUGAGCGCUUUGCAUCUGGAGACCGUCACAUGCCCUUCCACAGCUUCGUGUCAUGUGUCACCAGGAUGCAAAAGCUUUUCGCUCUGUAUGAAUCAGAGACCAGUCAAGAGGUGAAAGACAGAGGCAUCAACUCUUGGCUGCUUCAGUUCCUGACAGUGUGAAGACAACACUUUAUGAGGAGGGUCUCCAGCUGAGCCACAACGUAGACAACACACAUAAACUGUACAUAACCAUGUAUGCCUUGUUCCAAAGCAACAGUGGUGGUUCAGUUCAUGCUUUGCUACGCCGUUGUUUUUAUUCUUGCUUCAUCUCCAUUCUUAUACACCUGGCUUAUCCUUUAUAUAGGUUCAAGGUUCAGCUUUAUUGUCACUAUACAAUACAGGAUUGCACAAUGACAUACAGCUGUAACCCCACCUACACUACACACACAGAACAAAAUAUAAAUUAGAAAAGAAUAAAACAAUAAAACAAAGCAAAGUAUAUAAAAGUAACAUUAAAGGAAAUAAAAAGAAAACUAUAUAUAUACAUAUACACACAUAUAUGUGCCUAUAAUACGCAGAGUAUAUGCCGACAGUAUCAUUUAAUUGUUAUGCAAUACUGUUAUAUUACUCCACAUUGUAGUAAAAUUGAUUUCAUAAUUACAGAUGUGAGUUUAAAAGUGUCCUUAUUGCUUUUUUCCUUAAUGAGAACAUUGUUUCCAAACCUAAAUAUAGUCCACAUUAUUAGGCCACUUUUCUCAAAGUAAUUAUCAUAUUAUCAAGUUGCUCUUUAGAAAUUAAGUAGUGAAGAAAAGAAAAUGUUUUUCAUAAGAUUAAACAUGAAUGAAAUGGCACACAUGACUGCAAUUACACAACCGAAGAAAGAAAAAAUAUCACUGCAACCCCAACAGUUUACUCAUCCAUGCACACAUGAGCACACCCUGGGUAAUAUCUGCACACACACACACACACACACACACACACACCCUCACUCACACACACACAGUCAGUCAGAGUGAGCACUGCCUGCCCCACUGAGGGUGUGAGGUUUAUGUCUCAGCAGCGCUACACGCACCAUCUCUAUUCUUAUCGCACUGACGCCACGUACAGCGUCAAUACACAAUCGCCCCCUCCUCCACUACGUUCCCUCACUCCCUCCAUCCAUCCCUCACUCUUUCUCCCCCCUCCUGUUCUCUCUAGUAACUGUCUGAGUCUCACAAUCUGCAUCCUCCUCCUCCUCCCUGUUACACACAUACACACACAGGUGCUGACUUGGAAACACACACACACACACACACACACACACACACACACACACACACACACACACACACAGCGAGCAAAUGUCCUUUCUACACAUGCUGCUAUUAAUAGCACCUUUGCUCACACACCACUUCCUGUUCAUCGUUAGGUGAGUACACACAGGUUGUCCUCGGCAACAGUCCAUCUACAUUGUGAUAGAAGAGGAAAGAAAGACGAGCGAGACAGGAAGGACCCAUAGAUUCAUCUCAGUGUCUGGCCUCUCAAUCAACUCUACCUGCUUUGUUAGUUUAUUUUUAUUCUUCCAGACCUCUUGUCUGUGUGCCAGCCCUGCAGGAGGUCAGCCAGUGUGACAACUGUGACCUCAACAAGGCUUAUAAAACCAGGUAUCUCCAGGCGUCACAGGACUGAUGUGCAGAUGUGCGCACUCUCACUCUCACACUGUCACCUUUUUUGUUUCAGAACAACCAAGAAACAAGAGCGUCUACAGACACACUAGCGGUUCUGUGAGGCUCUAUUUAUAGUAUUCAUGGGCACAGCAGUGUUUUAACUAAAUGCCAGAGGUAGGACCAAGUCAUUGUAAUUUUAAAUGUAUGAAAGUCAUGAAGGCUUUUAAAAUUUGUAUUAAUCUGUUAAAACAAGUGCAGCUGAACUAAACAAUUAAAAAGUAGCGCUUUCAUAAAACAAAGCACUAUUAACCAGUACGACAAUUAGCUCAUAGCACCACAUUAGCUCGCUAUCUAUGUUAAUGUUAGCUUAAACUUCUCCUCUUCUUUGUGCAGCUUCAGUUGUUGAUCGCGACUGUCUGUAAAUUUCGACCCACACAUUUUACAUACUGCAGUUUCUUUUUUGAUGAAAAUCGUAUAGUUUUUUGAACGCAAACGAAAAUCUCUUUGGUUUUCCAACUGGCGCUCAGUAACAUGACGUUCAUUCUUCAUGGUUCUCUUCUGCAGUUUGGGUGGAUGCUGUCGGUUCGGUUCAAAUAAAGUGGAUUUAAGUGUCGACUUACUGGGCACGAAAAGCGUUUCAUUCAGGAAAUGAAGGGAAAUAAAGUGAUUUUAUUUCUCGUUACUGCUCUUCCUUCUCUAUUUUCUCCUGUUGCAUAUCAAUGACCUGUGUAGGCCAGUAUUUCCAAACAACAUCGGACAGGUGAAUUCAGAAAAGGGGUACAUAGUUCCUUUGUGAGUUGUAUUCACUGAUAAUGAUAAAUGUCAUAAAUGAGUCAAAAUCAAUAAAUCUAUUAUUUAAAAAAUA